UUCUUUUAUUCUAAUCAAGGCCAAUACACGUUACGCAUAUAACUGGCUAUUAUAGUUAAAUACAGUUUUGAGGAUGAAUAAUUUACCACAUACCAGCGAUCACGCAUUUCAGCAAGAAUAGAAAAGUAACAUCGGGUUCAUAUUUCAACAACUAAGAAAACCGUAAGAUGGCAAAUUUCUUGAGCUUGACUAAAGUGUGUGUCUUGAUAUUAGUGACUGCAACUCAAGUCGGUUUUUCUCUCGGUCGUGAGAUCAUGUUUGCGGUAAAUGUUAAAGGCAUUUCUAUUUCGGAUAUCGAUCACUCUAAUCCUUCUGUUCUUAAUUUUACGGAAAUUCUGGUCGACCCUAUGUCGGAACCGAACUAUCCUGUCUACAAUCCACUUACUUCAACUUUGUAUUUCGGGAGCGAGUCAAACAUUUUUAGAUAUUCUCUGAAAAACAAAAGUUUGGAAACAUUCAUUUCUGCAGAAGCAGAACACUAUUUUUAUGCAAUGGAUAUUGACGUCACUGAACAGAGACUCUACUUUCAAGAAAAUGAUAUCAACGGUUCCCAUAUUGAGGUCAUUAACUUAGAUGGCACCGACAGAAAAACAUUUAUGUCUAAUGUUAUAAAUACUGCUGAAGAAAUACAAAUAGAUGCAGUAAACGGUUAUUUGUACUAUAGUACAACCGGCAACAUUAUCAUUCCUGCGUUCAUUGCUCGAGCAAGAUUGGAUAAUUCAGUUUACCAUGAUAUACUUGUAAAUACUAGCCUUAUUACCCCAAGAUUUGAAUUAGAUGUUGAAGCGGGGAAGAUGUAUUGGUGUGAUAUAUUCUUUAAAAUUGUUGAACAAGCAAACUUGGACGGCUCACAUCGUAGAACUAUUGGAUCCAGUAGCGGGCCUAUCCAACCUGUAGUGUAUGGUGGUUAUCUUUACUGGUGUGAAAGCGACGGUAUAUUCUAUGUGAAUAUUGAGGAUGGUAUGGCACCUCAGGAACAAAUCAUUACUGGCGAUUCAAUACUUCGGCCUUUUGGACUGGCUUUAGGCGUAUAUGAUGAAACGCCGGAAUGUGAUAUAGAGUGCUUAAACGGCGGUACAUGUUUUAACGCCGAUAACACCAACAGCACAUGUAAAUGCCGUGAUGGUUUUGUUGGACCAACCUGUAAGCGAGUUGUUGGAUACUGCGCAUGUUCUCUUCCAUAAUCAACUGUUCACCGCUUAUCAAAGUCACCGUUGAUGACCGAAGAGCAUGAUAUAUGAUGUUCUGACAAAUCAUUAAGUAGUAUUAUAGAAUGACAAUAACAAUUGUACUGUAUAUGCUUGAUAAGACAUAAUAUUAUAUAAAUACGUAUUUUGGUUUGGGGUUGUGGUUAAUUGCUUGUUAUUUAACAUACUGUAUACAGCAACAUUUAAUAUAACCAGUUGUGAAUUACCUUUACAAAUUUCACUAGAAAAUAUUACUUUUUAGCUCAUAUAAAGGAGCUCUAGGAAUACUCGAUUAAUAGAUUCUGUUUCGUUUUUUUUUCUUUUUGUAUAGGCGGCCGUUAAAGCCAGGAUACUAAUACUACCUCUAGUAAUAGAUUCUUAUUUUUUUUGUAUGUUUUCUUUCUGUCCUGCCUAGUUUAUCUUUGAUAUUGUUUUUAUUGCUUGUAAUUAUUUUGUUAAUGGCUUGUCAUGUUAAAUGUAAUAGUUUCCUUUCAUAGU